AAUCAAUCACUCUUCUUUCACACGUAUACGUCUAUUUCCCGUAACGCCAUUUCUUCGUCUUCCUUUGUAAAAGAUAAGGAAAAGACCGUCACGCUCUCUGUCACUUUCCCAUCUACAAUUUUUCUCUGGUUUUCUCGACAAAUUAAGAAUCAUUGUGAAUGUUCUGCUUGUUUUUUCUUACACAAAGUUUCAAUCUUUCUUCUCUCCUCGAGACAUGAACUGUCUGUUCUUGUUCAAAUCCAAGAAAUCCGAACCCAGAAACCAACAAAAAGACAGAAGAAAAACGCAAAACUCAGCUCCAGAACUGAGGAACAAGAGUGAAACGCCGUCGUUUAAUCUGCAGAGGCCGAGAUCUUUUCCUUCUCAGCCAAGUAUCAGAGACUUGUAUGCAGAGAGAGAACAGAGUCUUAGGGUUUUCACUUACGAAGAACUCAACGAAGCCACUUGUGGGUUUAGCAGAAGGCUUAAGAUCGGUCAAGGUGGAUUCGGUAAUGUUUAUAAAGGAAAGAUUCCGACCACCGGAGAUUCUGAUCCUCCACUUGUCGUCGCCAUCAAGAAACUCAAUCCACAAGGAUUACAGGGUCACAAGCAAUGGCUAGCAGAAGUUCAGUUUCUAGGAGUAGUGAAUCAUCAGAACGUUGUGAAGCUCUUAGGUUAUUGCUCAGAAGAUGGGGAGAACGGGAUGGAGAGGCUUUUGGUUUAUGAGUACAUGUCUAAUCGAAGCUUAGAGGAGCAUUUGUUCACGCGUGGAGCUCGCACAUUACCGUGGAAACAGAGGCUUGAGAUCAUGCUUGGUGCAGCUGAAGGAUUGGCUUAUUUACAUGAAGUCAAGGUUAUAUACCGUGACUUCAAAUCAUCUAAUGUGCUUUUAAAUGAUGAAUUUUGUCCGAAAUUAUCGGACUUUGGGCUUGCAAGAAAAAAAAAAUAA